UACACAUAACUCAGCUGCAGCUUCUCGACUUGUUGUUUCUCUAGAGGAUGGCUUUUCAAACCUGUGUAGGCUAACUGGGAUGUACAGUUGGCUGCGUCUCACAACCUGGUGAGAUGCCUUCCUAGGAAGCAUUCUGGGCAUCAUUUGCGCUUCUUUGGAUUAGUGGUGAAGACUGACUUAUGACUGACUGAGCAGCAUGUGUACAGUAUGGGGCCGUUCACACCGAACGCGUCUUUCCCACGAACGCAGGUGUCUCGAGACAGUUGAAGUUCUUUUUUUUAUUUGACUCGCGUCUAAAAACGCAACGCUCAGAAACCUCCGUCUAGCGGAUGUAACUUACAUAAGGAAAACCAUUUAAAAACAGUGUGGACAGACGUAAAUAUGAGUUCGGUCUGAACGGCCCCUGAAUCUGUAAUUUUGUGUUUUCUUAACCAAGCAAGGCAGUCCAAACCUUUCUUUAAAUCUCUUCAGCUUCAACAUAUUUAGUAGUGGUUGACCGAUGUAUCACAGAGGGGAAAAAAUCGGCCGAUAUUUGUUAAUUGUUUAAUUAUCGGCAUCAGCAGAUACAUUUUCCUGUUUGGCCGAUUCGUUUCGCAAACCAGUGUAGAGUUUUACAGUUUGUUUUGAUGUUAUGUGCCAUCCUGUUAACAAAAUAAUAGGCAUGUAAUUUACUAUUAUAUUAAAUUAUGUGAUAUUAUAGGCUAUAAAUAGCCUAGUAUUGGCGUUAUAUCGGCCUGUCAGCCACCUUGCUCUUUAGGAGGCUACAGUACAGUACAGGCACCGGUAUCGGCCAUUAAAAACCCAUAUCGGUCGACCACUAAACAUAAAAAUAAAUACAAAUAAAUAAAGACGACUAAAAAGUCGUUGAAUGUUAAUAGGUCAAAACAUGUCGAUGGGCUUUUUUAUCAACAUCAAGAUUUUCAUUUAAAAUUUAUAUUAAUGUAUAAAAGAAAAAAUCUCAGGUAAAGCUAAUUGGUUUUUCACCAUUAAACAAGUUUUGCCUUCCUCCUGUGGUGUGACAAUUAAAACAAAUUCUCAAUUGGACCAUUGAGAAAUGCAUUAUUAAAUCUGAAUGUUACUUUUUGCUUUAUAACAAGAAUAUAAUUUCCAAUCUUUUUUUUUUUUUUUUUUUACCAGAAUAAUAUAUUUUGAAGGAGUUACACGUAUGUAUAUUACAAUAGAAGGCAAUGGUAAAUUUUACAGAUUGAAUUGGUGCAUCACCACUUUUGUCGCCAUGUUGAAUUUAUGUUGUCAGUAAAAAACACUCCAUAUGGCAUUUUUACGCCCUUGAAUGCAACUGCAGGAAGGGAACACUACUCGAAGGGUCGUUCCAAAUUAAAGUAAGAAAACGAAUCUUUUAACAUCCCACGAGUCAGACCCAUAGUCAUUUGGAUUACACCUUGAAUUGUCAAAAAUGGUUUUAGAUGUCUAUCCACGAUUCCACUGUAGUGAACCCUAUCAAACGGUUAGGCAUAAAAACUGCAUGCACAAUAAUUAUAAUAUAGUUAAAAAUAGUUUUAGAUGGAGUUUAGCAUGUCACAGCACAGGACAUGUUAACUUCCCCAAAGUAUUCCAUGUCAACUUCCGUAAUGUACUUAAGCCAUGUGAUCAGGUCAGCAGGUUGUACACUGAUAAUGAACAAUGCUAUUUGCGCUCCUGCAGUUAUACUUUAAGAUGCUGCAGUCUUAAAUGCAUUACCUAACUGGCCUGAGUAGUUGCUCAUGUCUGAUAUUAGCUGUUCACAAGCCUUCGUCAGGCAUCUCAUUGGACAAUCUAAAGCCCUAAUUCACCAAAGCACUUAGUGAAUAAAUUACAUGAGCUGAAAGAAUGAGAUUGUUCUUAAGGAACCAGGGUAGUAGAAGUGUGAUGUCUUGGUUAGGGUGAUUUAUGACCAAAGGCAUCCUAUAUUCUCAAUUCAUGAAAAUUAUGUAUGCGAGUCCAGAGACCCAUAAGCCGUAAAUGAAUCAACAUGAGUGGGAGUAUGCAGUGUGGCUUGUUUUGUCAGGCUUUUUGGCCUCAUAAUUAGCAGAUGGUGAGUAAAGAUGCAUUCAGUUUUUAUUCAUGUUCACUUAAAGGGAUAGUUCACUCAAAAAUGAGAAUUGUGUUAUCAGUUACCCAUCCUCAUGUCAAUGAAAAAACAUAAUCCACUACAGUUUACUAAUUCUCUAAAAAUCGUAAUCAGAUUACUUAUUACUACAUCUAAAAAAGUAGUCACAUUACUUAUUACUUUUACGUUACUUUCUAAAACUUUUUCAACAAAGUUUUUGUUUUUUAACUCAAAUUCAAAAUAAUGUCUAUAUUUCCUCCUUGUUAAUUGUUGCACGCAAGUCAUACAUUCAGCACCAUGCGUUUCUCCCUUAAAAUGACUCGUUAGGGGGUGUAUGCCCUUCAGUUGUCACAGAAAUGCAAACAUACAUAUUACCAUAUGCCAAUCACCUUUUAGAUACAGACAUCACCUGUCAAUCAAGUUGAUAAACCGUAUGCACAUUAGCUAUAGCCUGGAAAAUUGUGGUAAAGAAGCACAAUUUAUGGUUCCAGUGUCAUCAGAUUUUACUGCUGAUUUGAAAUAUGUUCUUUGGUCAUAAUCUUGACCAACUGUUUUUGAGAUUUCGGUGUUCCCCCAUUCAAGUAGGUAGAAGCUGCACUUUCAUGACUGUAAAUAGCUUCCCAAGAGUGUUACAGAGAUGGCCGACAGUGAUCUGACUUGCUAGAAAGAUUUUGGUGGCGGUAUAAUGCGCCAUAAACUGGAUUGCCAACAGCCAAUAAACAUCAAAAGAAGAAGAAACACUUUCAUGUCUGGGUUAAUCCAUCUCAAGUGGUCCAACAUAGGUUGCUUGGCCAUUUUUAAUUUUCCUAGUUUUUCUGAGUGAUUACCUCUAUCUAUUGGUAUUGCAGAACCACCAGUUUUUUAUUUUUAUUUUACUUGGUUUAACCACGGCGGUCAUCUUUGUGUCAUAGCGCACAACAAAUGUUGGUUUUACAGAUGUUUACGGAAACCUCAAUAUUUUGGCUCAGGAUGGUCCUAGCUCCUUGGAAUAAAAACGGAUCUCUAGAGCACAUUAUAAGGUUCAUGUAUAGCAUUCUUGUACCUUAGACUUAGAACUUAAGUCCUAAUGUAAUGAUCAAGGUCGCUGAAAGUUCCACAUUUAGGGUCAAUUUAUAAUGGGAAGGUUUUGAGUCUCAGUUGUCAUUUCUAAGGGCGUACCUAGGAAAGCAUAGUGUGCAUGCAGAAUGUUUCAGGUUUGAGACUUCUCUUAUUUAUAUUUAAAUUUUUUUAUGGGGGCAAGAAAGUGCAAUUUUUUUACAUUUCCCCUCAAUUUCAGGUUGAUUAUCUCUGGUGUGGGACCAGAUAGGAACCUGAAAUGUUCACAGAUUUAAGUCCUCUAUGGUAGCAUUCUGCUACCAGUUUGAGAUUCCACUGGUUACAGUGCUAGGGCUAGUGGAAAUCUGGGGAAAAGCCAACUUUAUUCAUGUGUUUUGAGAAAUGAACAGAUGUAAUAUAAGCAUAACAAAUAAUAAAAAUGAACAGUAUUUACAGUAAUUAUGUUUAUGAUUGACAUACCACAAUUUCAAGCUACAUGUUUGAUUAGAAGCUGUGAGAUUUCCUCACUCAGUCUCUCAGAAAUGUUGUGGGAGCGUCCGGUGGCAGUAGUCAACUCAGCAGGUGUCAGUUGUCUGAGAAUGUUGUUCAUGGGAACCCACGCUUUGUCCUCAGUAGAUACAUUGAAUGAUGUUCUUGGUCCAGGUGGGUGGAAGAAUUUUACAAAAACAUCACAGUCUUCCUCGUGGAUGUCCUCAACCAAGCCUAAGCACUGGUCAUCAUAGACACAAGCGACACCAUUAUUCCGUUAAACCAAGAAAAAAGAAGAAAAAAAAGACUGGUGGUUUUGCAAUACCAAUACAUAAUAUAAAAAUGGUCAAGCAACCAACUUUACAAUUAUUGGACCACUUCAGAUGGACUGACCCGCCUGUGACAGCGCUAUGGAUCAUGUAAAAAUGUUUAACCAAAUAGUACAUACAUAAACAGAAAUGGUGUUGAUGUCAGAGUUGCUGUUGCGUUCAGUCGAUAACUAUAUUGCAUUGUUAGUGCUGUAACAUGACGGUGAUUAAACGAUUACAGAAUUUUCAUUCUUGGAUGAACUAUCCCUUUAAGUAUUGCUGUAAACCUUAGACUGAAUUAACUCAAUCACUUUCAUUAAAUGGCAAGAUUUUUGGAACUGAUUUGGUGUGGGUGACAUGGAUUUUUGGAACUGAAUUGGUGUGCCAUUUGAUAUGACAUCAUUGGCAUCUUAUUACUGGGUGGAUAAAAUACCAAUUAGAGCAUCACAGACUUUACAGAGCAGCCUAUCAUUUUAGACACUGUUUGCCCUCUCAAGUAAACUUAGUUACUAUUGUGGAUUGCUUUUGUUUGUCAGAGUGGGAAGAGAGUGAACCUAUUAUUAAGCAGUUGGGCUAAAUAUGUAAUUUUACAGGUGGUAUUUGGUAUCAGAUGUGUGGGGGAUCGAGUUGUGAUGUCGUCAGGGGUGCAGUCUGUGAGCAAGUCAGCUUGAGUCAGAAUUCUAGGAAGCAUCCGCACAUAAGAAACCAACUGCCCAUCUGUGCGUUCGAGAGGGUUGUAGUCUUCAUCUUUGAACAUACUUGAUCUUACAUCUAUUUGUCCCCACCCCAGCUGAACCAUGGGGUCAUUCCGAAGGCCCAGACCCCGUUUUAUGAGCUCGCCUGUGCUGUCAGACCUCGCCCGUUUUCAUGCCAGCUCACCAACAUUGCAGCUGUCCAAUGCUAGCGUUUGGAACAGUGUUCAAACGGCUGUAAUUAAAGUGUUCCAAGGAGGGGGGCUACAGGCCAAUGAGCUCUACACCCUGAACGAAAGCAUAAGGUGGCUUUUGAGGACAGAGUUGGGAUCCUUUAUCACAGAGUACUUUCAGGAUCAACUUUUGAAUAAGGGUCUGACGUAUAUUUUGGAGAAGAUUCAGCUUUAUAAUGGUGAAGAUUGUCUCCAAGCUCUCUCUGAAAUGUGGGUGAGGUUUUUCACAGAGAUCCUGCCGACUCUUCAAGCUAUUUUCUACCCCGUACAGGGUCAGGAGUUGACUGUGAGGCAAAUGGCUCUUCUGGGCUUCAGGGAUAUGGUUCUGUUAAAGCUUCCUCUGGAGACCAUGCUUCAUUCCAAUUCGUACCCUUCUCCAAUCACACAGAUGCUCCUUAUCCUACAGGGCAUUCAUGAGCCCAACGGACCCACGCAAGAGUAUUUCCUUCUCGAGAGACUAGUGGAUAUGGUUAUUUCCCCCUACCUUGGUAACUACCUCUACAUGAGCCAAAGUAAUUCCUCUGCAGAAGAUCAAUCAAAACAUUUUAAACUAGUUAACAACACUCCACAUCUUAGUCAACCUGAGAUUAUGGUGACAGAUUUUGCCCAUGAGUCCUUCCUGGCACCAUUAAUCGAACAUGAAGGUGAAGCCUAUUUGGAGAGGACUGGUGGCCGACGCCACACAGUCGCCAACGUGCACUCCGAUAUCCAGCUUCUAUCCAUGAAAAACAGGAUGUGUCCAGGAAAUGUCGAGGUCAGUGGAGAGGCCAGGGUGACCAAGACAGGGAGCUAAAUGACACCCAAGCCUUUCUCCAGAGAACCGGCCUUUUUUUAUUACUGACCAGAUGCCGUGGAAAUCCCAGGAGGGCAAAGCACUGCGGAGAUCAAGUGUGGUCUAACCCAUUAAAAAGUGAUAAAAAUUAUGAAUGUGAUUCAAAAAAAAAAAUUCUUAAAAUGCCCACUGCAGCCCUUAUGUAACAAUACUGUGACAGGCUAGAAUGUGUUCAUUUAAUACAAUAUGGAGGCAACUCAAAGCUGCUUUCAUAGUACUCCACGUUCCAUGGAAAUAUGUGGCUUUUCAUGUGCUGAAUUCUGUUUGGACUGUCAAUGUUUCUGAAAUCGUAAGCGCAAAGGUUGUUUCUGUGGCUAAAUUAUACUUUGGUCCAGCCCUUUUUUUGUACAGCUUGCAAAAAGUCACACUUUUUUUUUUUUUGCCAUUGAGGUAUAAAGGUUGUGAGAAAAUAUGCCCUGGUGAGCGAACAUAUUUACAAAGGCACAGUAAGGUACUAGCAGAAACCAUAUGGAGCAUUACGGAGGAUUAUGAUUUUAAUUGCACUCCCUUAAAAUUCCUCUCUUUCACAUUCUCUUAAGCAAUCUUAUGGUUUCGAUAUUUUCUUAGUAGGAGUGGAAACUAAACGUGCAGACAUGAAGAAAAAUGUUGUUGUCAUUUUAUGAAUGUUUUAUGGUUGGAAUUACUAUGUUAUUGUAUUUUUAAAGUAGGAAAAUGCAUUCAAUGUGAUUGUAAAAAAUUUUUUAUAUAUUUUUGUAAUAUAAAUAGCACCCCUUAAGAAUUUAUUGGAUUUCUGUAGAGGUACAUGUGAACAUUUAAUUACAAUUCUUGCAGACAGUGUACUAUUCAGAGUUCCUAGAGUAGAUUAGCUGUUAUGUAGCUUGGGUAUGUGAGCCCUGCUGAAAAUCUUUAUACUGAGUGUAUUAGUCAAUGACAUUUGACCUCAAGGUUAAGGUAGGAGUGGCCAAAAAAGUAUUUGCACUCUUAAGCCACACUUAAAGAUGUAUGAAUUUCAUUUUAUUAGACAUGCUGUUGAAAGCAAUAACAAAGUUGCAAGAAAUAUGCAUUUAUGUAUACAUUUGUCUUAAAAUCUGGUUUGAUCUUCAUCUAAGUUACAAUUGUAACGAUUUGGCCAUGGAGACAGUGUUAGGAUCCAUGUGCAGGAAGUUUAUUAAAGUUCACAAGCAAACAAUCCAAAUCGGCAGGCAAAUAGAGGUAGUUGUUAAGCAAGAGGUAUAAUCCAAUAAACCAAAAAGACAGUCCAACAAGGCAAACAAAACAAAGGGGUAUCCAAAAGGCAGUAAAUCCAGGAAAACAGGCAAUGGUCAUAACAAGAGAGCAGUCAGCAAUGGCAAUGGAAAAAUGCUUGGUAAGGCAGGGUAAACUGGCAAUACUUCACAAUGAACAAUGGAACAGCAUGGUAUUUAUAUAGUUCAAACAGGAAGUCACCAAAGAAGAAACAGUACAGAGUUAGUGUUCGGGAGAGGGCUCCCUCUGGUGGUUGGUAGGAGGGGUAAGAACCUCGGAUGUUACAGAACCCCCCCCCCCUACGAACAACUCCUGGUGUUCUUCUGCUGGGACAUCCCCUUGGUCUUGGUGCUGGACAAUUAGGAUGGGCAUGAUGAAAUUUUUGGAUCAGGGACGGGUCCAAUAUGUACUUGGCGGCUACCCAUGAUCUCUCCUCUGCUCCGUAGCCCUCCCAGUCCACUAAGUAUUGCAUCUGGCUCCUUGUCGUCUUGAGUCCAUGAUCUCUCGGACCAUACACGCUGGGGCACCAUCUAGGUGGAGGCUCAGAAUCCGUGGUUCCAGAGCCAGAUGGACGGGAUGACACGAUGUCCUCUGGUAUUCCAUAGACCCUAAAGACUUGGUGGAACAAAGCAAUAGCAGUUUCCAUGACAGUGGGUAAACCCUUGAGAGGGACAAGUCUACAUGAUUUAGAAAAUCAAUCUAUUAUUACCAGAAUGGAAGUGUUACCAUGGAAGUUUGGCAGGUCUGUGACGAAGUCGAUAAGUGGGACCAUGGUCUUUGUGGUAUUGGCAGUGAUUGAAACAACCCCAUGGGCAGUUCUCUGGGGGUCUUGGAUUGGGCACACACCUGACAGGACUUUACAUAGUUACAUCAUAAUCAAAGUUGGCCACCAGAAUGAAUUACGAACCAGAGUAACAGUUCUUUAGAUGCCAGGAUGCCCAGUGCUCAAGGAAGAGUGGACCCAUUUGAUAGUCCUCUGACAUAGAGCUUGGGGUACGUAGUGCUUGGUCGGGGUCAGUUAGGAGGUGACGGUUCAUACUAUUGUGCUCGUUGUAUCUCCUCCAUGAUGUCCCAACUAAUCGGUGCUAUGAUGACAGAUGGUGGCAGAAUAGACCCAGGGUGAGGUUGGAGGUGGGUGGAUCAUGUCUGCAUGAAAGUGCAUCUGCCUUGCUGUUCUUGCUGCCAGGGCGUAAGUGACUGUAAAAUUGAAUCUAGUGAAAAACAAUGACCAUUGGGCUUGACAUGGGUUCAAUCUCUUGGCUGCCUUGAUAUAUUCAAGAUUUUUGUGAUCGGUGAUAACCUGGAAAGGGUGGACUGCCCCCUCUAACCAGUGACGCCAUUCUUCGAGGGCUGCUUUCAUGGAAAGUAAUUCCUUAUUUCCCACAUCAUAGUUACGUUCUGCAGAGUUAAAUUUUCUGGAAAAAAAGGCACAAGGGUAAAGCUUGCCUGGUGUUCUGUGAUGUUGUGACAGGACUGCUCCAGUCCCGCAAUCUGAAGCGUCUACCUCAACGAUGAAGGGAAGAUUGGGGUCAGGAUGUUUCAGUAUCGGAGCGGUCAUGAAGUUUGACUCGAGGGAGAUGAAGGCCUGGUAUGCGGCAUCAUUCAAAGGCAAUUUAUUGGGCUUUCCCUUGAGCAACGACGUGAGUGGGGCUGCAAUGAUGCUGUAAUUCCUGAUGAAAUGGCGAUAGAAGUUGGCGAAACCCAGAAACCGCUGUAGUUGAUAGAUUUUUGAAGGUCGAGGCCAUCCGGUGACUGCUGUUAUCUUAGAGACAUCCAUUUCUACACCUUGAUGGCUGAUAUUGUAGCCUAGGAAAGUGGUAUUUGAGGUAUGGAACUCACAUUUUUCUGCCUUGACAAAUAGUUGGUGUUCCUGGAGACGUGAUAGAACUGUCUUGACCCGCUGGAUAUGUUGUUCCAUGUCUUGUGAGUAGAUGAGGAUGUCGUCAAUGUAAGCCACCACACAAUGAUUCAGUAAGUCUCUGAAUAUCUUAUUGAUAAAAGACCUACAAUCAAGAUAGGAAUAAAGCUGGAAAAGGUUACAAAGUUAUCUCAAAGAGCUUAGAUAUUCAUCUGUCCACAGUUAUACAAAUUGUCUAUAAAUGUAGAUGAUUUAGUACUAUGGAUACUCUCCCUAGAAGUGGCCGUCCAGCCAAAAUGACUCAAAGGGCACACCGCAGAAUGCUCAGUGAGGUAAAAAAAAAAAAAAAAAGAAGAACCCUAGAGUGACAGCUAAAGACUGGAAGGAAUCACUGGAACUGGUUAACAUCUCUGUUCAUAAGAGACUAAAGAGAAAACAUUAACCCUUAAUUGCAUGGUAAUUUUCCCAAACACUCUUACAUAUUCGGGUUUUUAGAGACCCGGCACUUAUAUCUAUCAAAAAUGGAUGUACAAAAUACCCAGAUGGUGUCAGAUGUUUUAAAUAUUUUCAAGACAAUAAUAAAAUAAAAUAUAUUUUGAUGAUUUAUUUUUCAUAAAUCAAAGAAAUAAUGCAACAAAUCCGGACAAAUCUAGAACAGGAUUCAUUAUAUUCACACUGAAAUUUUAUGAGAUGAAACUGUCUGUCAAACACAUAUUGAGCUACACAUAACACAUACUGUAAUCUACAUAAAAUAUACACAUCAGCUACUCCUAAAUUACACAUAUGUUACACAUAUGUAUUUUCUCAGGCACUUAUUGAGUCUAAAUAGAUGAGCAAUUUAUGACAAUAGUCAGGGUUGGGGAGUAAUGGAAUACAUGUAACGGGAUUACGUAUUUAAAAUACAAAAUAUAAGUAACUGUAUUCCACACAGUUAUAAUUUAAAUCAUUCGUAUUUAGAAUACAGUAACAUUCAAAAAGUAUUUUGAUUACUGAAGAGAUUACUUUUUGUAUUGUUUUCCUGCAAAAAUAUCUAAAAAUCCUUAAAACAAGAUCAAUUUGAUUAAUUUUGUUUUAGAAACAACACUGCAUAAGAUAUUUAGGUUUUUCAGAGAAUGUAUUUUUAACGUGUAUUUUGUCUUAUUGUAUUGGCAGAGUUUUUAUAGUCAAAACAAGUGAAAAAAUCUACCAGUGCUGAAAGUAUUUAGAAUACGUUACUGACCUUGAGUAAUCUAACGGAAGACAUUACAAAUUACAUUUUACAGCAUGUAUUCUGUAAUCUGUAGUGGAAUAAAUUUCAAAAGUAACCCUCCCAACCCUGACAAUAGUCAUUUCAUACUGUUCAUGUGUUACACUUGCUAUAGUUUACUUCAAUUUUGUUUCCACCUCAGCUAAUAAUGUCAAAUGUAAAUCAAAUCAAUCACUAAAACAACAGCGCCACCUUGAGUAAGAAAUAACAAGUAUAAUAUGUAUGUGUACACACAUA